CCUGCCGGCCUCAGAGGAUUAACAAGCUAACCAGGAGCCAGUGGGAACAAACAGCGCAUAGAUUCAUCCCCUCCUCUCGCAUUCCAGCUACCAUUCGGCAAAGAUCAGAGCCCAGGGAUCCCAUCUCUCUCUCAUCUGCGCAGGGAACGCCAUGGCACAGCAGCAGAAGCAAGCGCACGUCCCAAAGUUUGGCAACUGGGACAACGACGGCAACGUCCCGUACACGGUCUACUUCGAGAACGCGCGCAAGGGCAAGGGCGCCGGCGGCAAGAUGAUCAAUCCCAACGACCCCGCCGAGAACCCGGAGGCCUUCUCCGUCGCGGCGCCGUCGCCGAACCGCUCCGAGGGGGGAUCAGCGGCUGCUCCUCCGCGCCACGAGCGCCGGCCCAGCGACGCGCCGCCGCUGUCCCCCAACCCCUACGCCGGGUCGCCGUACCAUCGCCACGCCGGCGGCGAGCCGCCAAGGAGAGGUAGCGGUGGUGGUGGUGGACGGACAGGCGGCGGCUACAGCGUCGAGCAGUCGCCGUUGCACCCGUACAGCCACUCGAGCAAGGCCGACUACUCCGAGAACGGCGGCUACGGCCUCGUCGCCAACUCCGUCGAGCGGUCCCGCGCCAAGGGCGGCUCGCGCGGCAAUGAGACACCGACGAGGGGCUCGGCGGUGCCGAGGUUCGGCGACUGGGACUCGAACCCGGCGUCGGCGGACGGCUACACGCACAUCUUUAACCAGGUGAGGGAGGAGAAGCAGAGCCAGGCGGGGAAGCCGGCGGCGUUCGACAAGGACGCCGCACGUGGCAACGGCGCCAAGCAGCACGACGACGGCUAUGCCUCCUCCAAGUUCUCGUGCUUUGGAUGGUGCAAAUAGAGACGACGUGAUGAAUGAUGAUGGAUACAAAUGCUAGCUCCUUCCUUGGGAUUGUAAAUUUGGAGAAAAGAGGGGUUUGUGAUUCAGCAUGGACUGCAUUCCCAUUGUGGAUACGAUCUCCAUAAUCUUUAUGUGAUACCUUCACUUUUUGAAAGUGAUAUAUAGAGUUCUCCAUGGUUAUUGUUUGCCAGAGUAAAAAAUUCGUCUUAAGUUGCUCUAGUUUUUCUCUUCUUCUGUUUGUUAGAGUAAGCAUUGCAUUGUUGUGUUAGCUCUUCUGUUCUGAAUUCAAGGUACAGGCAUGUAUGGCAAGUUUGAACUCGCUCUGAAGUGAAUAUAUGUCGUUGCUGUUUGGAUUGGUUCUUU